AUGCAAAAAGAACAAGAAAAUGAAGAGAGUGUAAUGGACUCGUUCUUGUGUCCAAGUUUCAGCACUUACUCUUCUAACAACCUAAACGACGUCGCUCGACAGGUUAUUAACGAAAACGACCAAAUACACUCCCAAAACGACAAAGACGAUUUCGAAUUCGUUGCGUUUCAAAAAACUGCUGAUGAGGUUUUCUUCGAUCACGGCCGCCGCAAUUCGAUUCGUGGUGUUUUUCCGAUCUUCAAUAGCGAGGACGGAAAGAGAAGUUCUGUUGUGGUGGAGAUUUCAGUUCCGUUACGGGAAUUGAUGAAUUCCGACGGCGACAGAAGGAAUUCCGACGUGGCAGAAGAUUCAAUUCCGUUAAAGAAAUUGAAUAAUCGCGACGGCGACCGAAGGAAUUCCAAUUCGGUGGAUAUUCUGAAUCCGUUACAGAAAUUAAUUACCGGAGAUCAGAAGUGGAAUAUUUAUCCUUCGUCAGAGGUUGAGGACGAUCUUGAUGCUGCUCCGCCGGCGUCGUAUUGUUUGUGGAUGCCUAAAUCUCCGAAGGUAUCGCCGAUUGCUUCUCCUAUCAACUGCAAGAAAAGUAAUUCAACUGGUUCAACCUUGAAUCCUUCGUCAUCAAAGCGAUGGAAGUGUCUGAGCUUACUCAGGCGAAGUAAAAGCGAACGAAAAGAAUCAUUGAUUCUCGUAACUCCGUCAUUAGAGUUUAAGAAGGAAGCGAAAGUAGAGAAUCCGAAGGUGAAAAGCGGUGGAAAAGGAAACGUAGAGAAAAACAAAGCGAAAAUUGCCGAAACAAAGGUUCCGGUAACGGAGACGAAAAUCCAGGCACGGGUAACGGCAAUGGAAGCGUUUUAUCUAAGAAAGAAAGAGAUUAAUAGAAAAUCAUAUUUACCGUAUAAUCAAGAGUUAAUUGGCUUUGGUGUUGGUUUUAAUGCUACUAUUGGAAGAGGUUUUCCUCUUCGUGUUUAA